CUGACAUCCCUAUAGGUAGUUAAAGGCAAAAGCCCAUUUACUUGUGCUGAACUAGUUCUUGGUAUUUUGUUUUAACCCUUCAUAGUGGGGUACUGCACAUGCGCGAAAGCAUUUGAACUAUAUAUGUAAAGAAGCCAACGCCUUCUCAUUGCCAGCUUAAUGGGCGUGGCUAGCGAGACUCAGAAUAGCUCAGGUCUGUUGCUAAGAGACACUUACCACACCUAUUUGUCGUGACGUCGGAGUCCUGUCAGGCGUCUUGUCUUCCCAAACAUGGCGGCUAGAGUCGGUGUUCUCUCUGUUGCAGGGUUUAGAGCGGCAGCGAGAGCAGGGGGGCUCUUGAGAGCAUCAAAGCAGUCGUCAGCUGUUAGCCAUGUACCCUGUCGGACGGCAAUAGCCACCAGCGCUGGGACAGUUCUUCCAAAGCCGGAAAAAGUUAGCUUUGGCCUUCUUCGAGUGUUUACUGUGGUCAUCCCAUUCCUGUACAUAGGAACCCUUAUUAGCAAGAACUUUGCAGCCCUGCUGGAGGAGCAUGAUAUCUUUGUUCCAGAGGAUGACGAUGAUGACGAUUAACAACUUUCUUCAUACGGUGUUCACAAGGAGCCUUAUCACGUGAAGAUGGACCUUUGUCUGCAGCAAUGGGCAGAACUAAAGUUGCCGGAACCAAAUCUACACAGAAGCUAAACUGAUAAUUUGCUGCAUGUUUAUAAAAGGAAACUGAUAUUUUGUUGUUUUGCCUCCACCAUUUGAAGGGAGGUUGUUGCCUGGGUUCCAAGGUGAAAGAAGCAUGUGGUGUUAUAGGGUAAUAGUAAUAAAUAUCUGUUACAAA